AAAGGGCUCAGAAGAAUGAGCCGAACAUUUUCUGAGUGCUCAUACCCAGAAACGGAGGAGGAGGAACUGCUGGACAGGGAUUCCUGCCAUCGGUUUGAAAAGAGACCAGGCAGGAGUGAGCCGCCUUCUGCGACUUUCCUCAAGGGCCACGUGAGGAAAGAGUCCUCUGCCGUGCUCAACAGAAUACAGAAGAUCGAGCAGGCACUGAAAGAGCAACCCGGCAGAGGCCUCCCCCAGUUACCAAGUAGCUGUUACAGUGUUGAUAAAGGGAGGAAAAAGUCUGUGACUCUGAGUACUGUGGAGGGACUGAGUGAAACCCUAAGUGAUAGCAAAGGAGGGAGUGUUAUUUUGGGGAGUGAACCAGAAACACCUACUGAGGCUGAGAAAAGCAGUAAGACAAAACAGGGGGUUACUGCAAACUCAGCUGGCCCUAAACUGCUCCUUGAAAGCCCGGCUAACACUGCGGUGAAUCCUGUCCCCAAGCCCAAACGCACCUUUGAAUAUGAAGCAGACAAAACCCACAAAAGUAAACCAAGCAAUGGCCUACCUCCAUCUCCUACAUCUGCUGCUCCUCCUCCCCUCCCAUCCACCCCUGCACCCCCCGUGACCAGAAGGCAGAAGAAAGAAUCGCGCUUUCUCAGAAAAUCCCAGAAUAGAAAAUCCUUUGAGUUUGAGGAUGCGUCAAGUCUGCAAUCCCUGUACCCUCCCUCUCCAACUGAAAAUGGGACUGAGAGCCAGCAUAAAUUUGGAUCCAAGAGCACUUUAGAAGAAAAUGCCUAUGAAGACAUUGUAGGCGAGUCACCCAAGGAAAACCCGUAUGAGGAUGUGGAGCUGAAAGGCCGUCACGCGGGCCGAAAAUCCCAUCAGCUCUCCGAGAAUUCCCUAGAUUCUUUGCACAGGAUGUGGACGCCGCAGGACAGGAAAUACACAUCACCUCCCCAGCUAUCUUUGAAGCCCAGCAGCCAGUCUCUGCGCAUCGGGAACUGGUCAGAAAGGAAGAGCCACCGCUUACCACGGCUGCCCAAGCGGCACAGCCAUGAUGACAUGCUGCUGCUAGCUCAGCUUGGCAUUCCCUCCUCCCCUUCCAGCCUCAAUGAGGACAGCCUGAGUACCACAAGCGAGCUACUGUCUACACGGCGGGCCAGGAGGAUCCCAAAGCUUGUCCAAAGAAUCAAUUCCAUCUACAGUGCAAAAAGAGGAAAAAAACGAUUGAAGAAACUUUCAAUGUCCAAUAUUGAGACAGCAUCCCUACGAGAUGAGAACAGCGAGAGUGAGAGUGACUCAGACGACAGGUUUAAAGCUCAUACCCAGCGUCUAGUACACAUCCAGUCAAUGCUGAAGAGGGCUCCAAGUUAUCGAACCCUGGAACUGGAGCUGAUUGAAUGGCAGGAACGGGAGUUAUUUGAGUAUUUUGUGGUAGUGUCACUGAGAAAGAAGCCCUCUAAAAACACUUACCUCCCAGAAGUGACAUAUCAGUUUCCCAAGCUAGAAAGACCAACCAAGCAAAUGCGUGAAGCGGAGGAGCGUCUCAAGGCAAUCCCUCAGUUCUGCUUUCCGGAUGCCAAGGACUGGCUCCCUGUCUCUGAAUACAACAGUGAGACCUUCUCUUUCAUGCUGACUGGGGAAGAUGGGAGCCGGCGGUUUGGUUACUGCAGGAGGCUGUUGCCAAGUGGAAAAGGCCCACGCCUACCUGAAGUUUAUUGUGUCAUCAGCCGGCUGGGGUGCUUUGACUUAUUUUCCAAGAUCCUGGAUGAGGUUGAAAGGAGAAGGGGAAUAUCUGCUGCCUUGGUUUAUCCAUUUAUGAGGAGUCUAAUGGAAUCUCCUUUUCCUGCACCUGGAAAGACAAUCAAAGUCAAAACUUUUCUGCCUGGAGCUGGAAACGAGGUCAUUGAGCUGCGUCGGCCAAUGGACUCACGCCUGGAACAUGUGGACUUUGAAUGCCUUUUCAAGUGCCUCAGCGUUCGUCAGAUCAUCAGGAUCUUUGCUUCUCUCCUGUUGGAGCGGCGUGUGAUUUUUGUAGCAGAUAAGCUCAGCACCCUCUCGAGCUGCUCGCACGCUGUGGUGGCCCUGCUGUACCCCUUCUCCUGGCAGCACACCUUCAUUCCUGUUCUGCCCUCAUCCAUGAUUGACAUUGUGUGCUGCCCGACCCCCUUCCUGGUGGGACUGCUCUCCAGCUCUCUGCCCAAACUGAAGGAGCUGCCCGUAGAGGAGGCUUUGAUGGUUAACCUGGGAUCUGAUCGAUUCAUCAGACAGAUGGAUGAUGAAGACACACUAUUACCUAGAAAAUUACAAGCUGCUCUGGAGCAGGCUCUAGAGAGAAAGAAUGAACUGAUAAAUCAGGAUUCAGAUAGUGAUUCAGACGAUGAAUGUAACACCCUGAAUGGAUUAGCGUCUGAGGUUUUUAUCCGAUUCUUUGUGGAGACAGUUGGCCAUUAUUCCCUGUUCCUAACCCAGAAUGAAAAAGGAGAGCGUGCCUUCCAAAGGGAGGCUUUCCGUAAAUCUGUGGCCUCCAAGAGUAUCCGCCGCUUCUUGGAAGUUUUCAUGGAAUCCCAAAUGUUUGCUGGCUUCAUCCAGGACAGAGAGCUGAGAAAAUGCAGGGCAAAAGGUCUCUUCGAGCAGAGGGUUGAACAGUAUUUGGAAGAGCUUCCAGACACAGAACAAAGUGGAGUAAACAAGUUUCUGCGAGGCCUUGGGAACAAAAUGAAGUUCCUUCACAAGAAGAACUAACUCCUUUCUGCUGAAAUAUCAACCCAAAGACUAUUUAUGUCACUGUGCCUGAGACACCUGCAGCGUUCCAGAGUUUGAUGGGGGAGGAGAGCGGAACAAGCUGACUGUAGCUUUAAGUGACGACCGAUGCUGUUAGACAGUGUGCCAGAUGAUGGCUCCUUUAUGUAUUUGGAUAGAAUUUGUACAUAAUGUGCUGUAAGCUUUUGUAACUGAUUUUGUAAUGAGCAAGGAAAACUGUGGUAAAUAUUUGUAUAUUCCUGAGAAUAACAGGUGCUUUUUUUUUUCUUUAGUAUGAAUUGAGUUAUGCUUGGUGCAAAAAUGAGUAGCUGAUAAUGUGCAGCUGACUGUCUCAGCAGAACCACUGACUUCACAGAUGUUUGUGAGAGCUACACUGAUGCCUGAAUACUGCGGGGAUGAAUGAACUUGGGUAUGUGGGAGAGGUUGUACGCAUGGGGGCUGCUUUCAUGUGGUGGAGUUGGUUUUGUUUUUUUUCCUUUUAAUCUUUUAAAAGAAAGAAAUAACAAAGUAACUUGAUAAUAAGGUACUUGGUUCACAAUACAAAACUUCCACUUGGUUUGAACUCUGGUCAGUAAACUACUUGUAAUUCAUUCUGCACUAAGACUGCUAAACCUGAGGAGAUCUCAGUUCUUUGACAUGCAAGCUGCAACGAGUAGGUACAGUACAUCCUUUCCUAAUGUAUGUAUGUAUG